UGCGGGGUGUGUGUCUGUGUGUCGCUGUGUGUGUCUGUGUGUCGCUGUGCGGGGUGUGUGUGGCUGUGUGCGUGUUCGGGGCGGGUGUCUCCUGCCGAGGGGCGGCGUGUGCCCGUGAGCGGGUGCGGGGGGCGCGGCGUGUGCCCGGCCGCUCGGCUCGGCUCCGCUCGGCUCCGCUGCGCUCGGCUCGCCCGGGGCCCGGCUGCCGCCGAGGGACGGGCGGAGGCGGCGGGAGCAGCGCGGGGAGCUCCCGGCGGGGUUUUUGGGGAGGCGGCUCGCAGCCCUGCCCGCCGCCGCCGCCGGGGCGCGGAGCGCGAUGCGGCGGCCGCCCUGCCCUGCCCGCCGGCGGCGCGGAGCCGCGGGGCCGCGGGCGGCGGCGUAGGGACCGGCCGGGCAGCGGGCAGCGGAAUGGGGGCGCCCGGCGGAUCGCGGAUGAGCCCCGGGCCCGCGGGCACCCCGGCGGGUACCGCCUGACGGAGCGGCGCGGAGGGCUCCGUGAAGCUCCUCAGAAGCCCUUGAGAACACUUUUCAGCCAGGCAGGUUGCCUGGUCACUAUGAACCAUGGCCCAGCUAUACUACAAAAAGGUCAACUUCUCCCCGUACCGAGACCGGAUCCCACUCCAGAUCGUGCGAGCGGAGGCAGAGCUCUCGUCGGAAGAGAAAGCCUACCUCAGUGCUGUGGAGAAGGGGGACUAUGCCAGCGUGAAACAUGCCUUGCAGGAGGCAGAGAUCUACUACAACAUCAACAUUAACUGCAUGGAUCCUCUGGGUCGCAGUGCCCUCCUAAUAGCCAUAGAGAAUGAGAACCUGGAGAUCAUGGAGCUGCUGCUGAGCCACAGCGUCUACGUGGGGGAUGCUCUGCUCUACGCCAUACGGAAGGAGGUGGUGGGAGCUGUGGAGCUGCUGCUCAAUUACAGGAAGCCCAGUGGUGAAAAACAGGUUCCAACCCUGAUGAUGGACACCCAGUUUUCGGAGUUCACUCCGGAUAUCACCCCCAUCAUGCUGGCGGCUCACACCAACAACUACGAGAUCAUCAAACUGCUUGUCCAAAGACGGGUGACAAUCCCACGGCCACACCAGAUCAGGUGCAACUGUGUGGAAUGUGUCUCCAGCUCCGAGGUGGACAGCCUGAGGCACUCCAGGUCAAGGCUGAACAUCUACAAAGCCUUAGCCAGCCCUUCGUUGAUUGCCUUAUCGAGCGAGGAUCCCAUCCUGACCGCCUUCCGGCUGGGCUGGGAGCUGAAGGAGCUGAGCAAGGUGGAAAAUGAGUUCAAGGCUGAGUAUGAAGAGCUGUCACAGCAGUGCAAGCGUUUUGCUAAGGACCUUUUGGACCAAGCACGGAGCUCCCGGGAGCUGGAGAUCAUUCUCAAUCACAGGGAUGAUCAGAGCGAAGAGCUGGAUCCCCAAAAGUGUCACGAUUUGGCAAAGCUAAAGGUAGCAAUAAAGUAUCACCAGAAAGAGUUUGUUGCUCAGCCAAACUGCCAGCAGCUACUAGCAACGCUUUGGUACGACGGCUUUCCAGGAUGGAGGAGGAAACACUGGGCAGUGAAACUCCUGACCUGUGUCACCAUUGGACUGCUGUUCCCCGUGCUAUCCGUGGCGUACCUGAUUGCACCCAAGAGCAGGCUGGGACUGUUCAUUAAAAAGCCAUUUAUCAAGUUUAUCUGCCACACUGGCUCCUACCUGACCUUCCUGUUCAUGCUCCUGCUGGCAUCGCAGCACAUCGUCAGGACAGACCUCCACAUGCAGGGGCCACCUCCCACCAUCGUGGAGUGGAUGAUCCUGCCCUGGGUUCUAGGUUUCAUCUGGGGAGAAAUCAAGGAAAUGUGGGAUGGUGGAUUCAAUGAGUAUGUGCAUGACUGGUGGAAUCUGAUGGAUUUUGCAAUGAACUCCCUCUAUCUUGCAACUAUCUCCCUUAAAAUCGUUGCCUAUGUCAAGUACAACGGCUCUCGCCCGCGGGAGGAGUGGGAGAUGUGGCACCCGACCCUGAUUGCAGAAGCCCUCUUUGCAAUAUCCAACAUCCUGAGUUCCCUGCGGCUCAUCUCCCUGUUUACAGCCAACUCACACCUGGGACCCCUGCAGAUCUCUCUGGGACGCAUGCUGCUAGACAUCCUCAAAUUCCUUUUUAUCUACUGCCUGGUGCUUCUGGCUUUUGCCAAUGGACUGAACCAGCUUUAUUUUUAUUAUGAGACCAGUGCCUCGGAGGAACCCAACAACUGCAAGGGGAUCCGAUGUGAGAAACAGAACAAUGCCUUCUCCACACUUUUUGAGACCCUCCAGUCACUCUUCUGGUCUGUGUUUGGGCUGCUGAAUCUCUACGUGACCAACGUGAAAGCCAGACACGAGUUCACAGAGUUUGUUGGGGCCACGAUGUUUGGGACCUACAACGUCAUCUCCCUCGUCGUGCUGCUGAACAUGCUCAUAGCCAUGAUGAACAACUCCUACCAGCUCAUUGCUGACCACGCGGACAUCGAGUGGAAGUUUGCGCGGACGAAGCUCUGGAUGAGUUACUUCGACGAAGGCGCCACUCUGCCCCCUCCUUUUAACAUCGUCCCCAGUCCCAAGUCAGUCUGGUACCUGUGCAAGUGGAUCCACAACCAGCUGUGCCCAGGAGAUGACUCUGACAAUGAACAGAAGAGGCACGAAAACCUCAAAACAUUCACAGAACGUCAUGCUGACAACCUGAUUCAGAAUCAACACUACCAGGAAGUUAUAAGAAAUCUUGUGAAAAGAUACGUCGCUGCAAUGAUAAGAACUUCCAAAACCAACGAAGGUUUAACUGAAGAAAACUUCAAGGAAUUAAAACAGGACAUCUCGAGUUUUCGCUAUGAAGUUCUUGACCUCUUGGGCAACAGGAAGCCCCAGAGGAGAAGUUACUCCACCAGCAGCACAGAGGUGUCCCAAAAGGAGGAAACAAACGAGGAUGGUGCUGGAGAAAAACCCAGAACCAAGAGCGUGUCUUUCAAUGUAGCCAACAAGAAAAAAGACUUCAACGUAUCUGCUCUGAUUAAAACCAUGUCUGGGAUCAACAUGGUGGAGGAGAAGCCAAAAAGCAACGGGAUCAGCAAGCGCUCCUUUGUGCGGAACGGGAACAGAGUCCAGAGACUCUCCAGCUCCAAGAAGGAGUCCUUCAAGAGGCUGGGCCUGCUCUUCUCCAAGAUGAACGGCCACGUCCCCGAGCCCAGCUCUGAACCCAUGUACACCAUUUCAGACGGGAUCAUCCAGCCACACUACAUGUGGAAAGACAUUAAAUAUUCUCCCAUGGACAGAGAGAGGGAAGAGAAUUGUUCCAAAAGUGAAAUUAACCUCAAUGAGGUGGCCUACAGUGGGAACACGAGACUUACAGGACAGAGCAAGGAGUGCCCUGUGGUUUGUACCAGUUCCCUUCACUGUGCUUCCAGUAUUUGUUCCUCUAACUCCAAACUUAUAGACUCGUCAGAGGAUGUGUUUGAUUCAUGGGGAGAGGCCUGUGACUUGUUUAUAAACCAGUGGAAAGACGGGCAGGAGGAUCAUGUUACCACUCGGCUCUGAGCAAAGCUCUCUUAACUCUCACUGCAAAACUCAGCCAAGUAUUGGUAAUUGUUUGCUCUCAUCUGGUUCAGCAUCACUGUUUCCUUUCUGUCCACAGAUGAAAAAAAAGUGUAAACCUACUUAUGUUAUAGCCUAUUUUAUAGCCAUCUGCACCUUUUUUAAUUUACUUUUGUUACACUCACUAAUACUAAACUAAUGGUUUCACCAUUUAUAAGGUUGCCAUAAACCACAGGAAUCCCUUUGGAUGCAGUCUUAGUCUCCAAACCCCACAGACUUCAGGCAUGCAGGUGGCUGAGGAAAGGAUUUCUCCAGUGCUCCCAUCAUCAUCCCACCCCAGCUGGGUUUCAGUGCUGCUGUCCAGCACCAUUGGCUCUGCAUCCUGCUCGGUGUUGCUCAUCAACACAAACAGCUGUUCAGCAGGAGGCUGAGAAUCACACUGAAAAUGUUACUUAAAAGGGUUUUGACCUAUAACUGGGGUUUUAUUUUUUUGUUUCCCUUAAGCAAUAUGACUUCUGAUUCUUUUGGUUGUGCUUGUUUUUUCAGGCCAUUAUAUUAAUAUUGUAUACUAUUGCUGAAUAUGAGAUCCCUUUGAUCAUCCACCUGGAACAUGUUUUUGUUGAUAACAUAUUUGCUUAUUUACCUAAUUUCCCUUUUGGGGAGCAGAAGGACCUUGCAAUUAGGCUGACAGUGGGAGCCAGCACCUGGCCUUGCCUCCAUCUCCUGUGUAGAUGAACUGAAAAAAAAUCAACCCAAACCAACCCUGGCUGCUUGAAAUACAAACCUCAGAGUAGUUUCUAAUAGGCUGAACCAAAACCCAGCUCUAAGCCUUGCCCUUAUUUUGCAAUUCCUAAUUUUGCUUCCAUACUGCAUUCACUUUUUGCUGCCUCUCUGAUGGGUGUCGGGGAAAUCUAUCUCCUGAGGGAGAGCAUCUUCCCUGGGCCCCUGAGCUGCAGGUCUGAAAAGCAGCCUAAGCAAGAGCUGCAGCAGCAUGGAACAGCUCUGCAGGUCCUUCUCUGAGGUGCAACAAAAAAGAGUGUGGCAGGAGGUGGUCUCUUUUAUUAUCUUUUCUUUCCCCAGCUGUGGGGGUGUCUGGACAGAGCUUAGCACUGUCACUGUUGCUGUCCCAACGAGCAUCAAAGGUGGGGAAAAACCCCAUCAAGGGCAAGGUGGUUGAAUUUUAACAGGGAUUUUUUAGGGGGGUUUAUUUUAAAUUUUUACAAUGGGAUGCUUGACCUUUCUUCUGCAGAGUUGCUAAGAAGCACAGAUGACUGGCACUCAGCACCACUCAGAGCUGUUCUUGGUCAGCUGCUUCCUUGGAGGGAGCAGAUCCUGCCAGGAGCUUGGGAAUGGGUUCAUUGCUGCCCUCAUUCCUGCUCUCCUGCCAGGCUCUGCUCCCAGGAGGGGCUGUGGAGCAUUUCCCCAGGGGGCCUGCCAGCAAUCACCUCACCUGGGAACUGGGUUGUGAAUUGCCUCUGGAGAAACAUCAUGCUGGGAAACCUGCACCUGCCCCUGGAGCAGGUCAGACUGCACCAGCGAGGGGCACGAGCAGCUCUGCUGGCAGCACGGAGGGUCAGGGGGAUGAGAGAUGCUGGAGCGCCUGCAGCUGGGCACGCUGCCUGAGUUUUAACCCUGCCUCCCUCCUCUUGUGAGGGAAAACUCCCCUUGUGGGGUUUUUCCUUUGGGCACUCGUGCAGCUUCACCCAGCAAGUGGAACACAGAGAGAAGUGAGUGCUGCAGCUGCUGGGGCAGAGCUGAGGUGCCAGCACCCCGAACCCAUGGCAGUGUUCAGUGCAGACCUCUGUGGCUCCAGGACAGCCCUGGUGUUGGGAUAAAUCAGCAGCAAGGAGCAGAGACUCCAAGCCAUUUCUGUAUUCCUUGCUUAUAAUGACAGCAGUCUUGUUAUCAGCAGGCAGUGUAAAACCCCAAAUAUUUAAGCCUCUGGAUGUGUUAGUUAAGGCAGAGUGAAAGGCAUUUUUGUAUCAACAGAUUUUGGGCUUUCACACUAAUUGCAGGGUUAGAGUUGUCUUUGAAAACUGCAUUUCCUCUUCCCUCAUGGAAGGCUGAGCAAGCUGACAUUGGUGGUACACAAGGAGACUUGCAAAACCCAAGGGGGGAGCAGCUUGCUGAUCAUUCCAUCAGGAAAUCAGGCACCCCUGGCUGGAGGAGCAAAUCCCUCGAUGGGGGAGAGCCACGGGCAGAACCCACCAAGGCAAGGCUCACAAUAAAAGCCCCACAGGUCAGGGAACCAAACUGAGCACGUUUCUGCAAAGAUAAACAUUAGCAGGAGCUGCUGCAGGGGGGUGAAUUGGGGUCCUUUGAUGGCUCACCUAACCCACACUGCAGUCUGGGAACUCUGCUUGACGUGGGGCCAGCGAGUCUGUGCGGCAUUGCCUGGGUAAGGAGGAAGAAUGAAAACAAUUCAAGUACAGUUAUGCAGAUUACAUCAGCUGGGCUUGAAAUUGGGCCAGAAACUAGGUUUGUAUCCUUGGACAGCAGAAAGGCUUUGAAGUGUUCAGUGAGAACAAGCACCCAGCUGCUGGUGACGCUCACACGGUGUCACUCGAAUGCGUUACCAGGUACAAACAGCACAAAGAGACGGAAUUAACUCAGCAGUGCUGCCCCCAAAAAUGCAAAAAUCCCUUCCCUGCAGACUGUGUGAAUCACGUUCCCCUGCUGGUCCCGAAAGGGCAGGGCUGGGAGCUGCCACAUGGCAGUGGGUAGCAGAUCUGCAGGCCCCCAGGGCGUGGCUGGAGGGGGAGAUGCUCUCGUGGCUGGGGCUCCCCUGGGCUUUGUGUCAUGACUGAGAUCCUUCCUUGCUCCCAGCUACGAGUGAGUCUGAGCUGACUCUGGAAUUCAGCACAAAUAUUUGAUUUCGCUGUGAUUAAUACACGUGUCCAGGAGUUUGAAAAACUCAAAUUGGUCCCCCCAAAAGGCAAAAUUCUCUUGGAUUGCAUCUAUGCAUCCCUGUUGAUAGCAAUAGACUUUGGAGCAGCUGGUGAAUUAUUAUUAUGCUAAAACAGGAGCUUCAGGGGAGCGAAAUUGAAGUAGCUUCGGAAAAAUACAUUUGAUAAAAAAGUCCCCACCCAGGUUUUGCUUAAUUCACUUGCAGCACAGUAUUUGGGACUGCAGCAGUAUUUUUCUGCUCUCAAUUGCUCAAAAAUGAAAGCAUGUUUUAGUGGAAGUUGUUCUUUCCUGCAGAGAAAUCAGUGAAUGACCCCUGUGCUGUCUCUGCAAGGGCCAGGGUAGGAGCUGAUGGCACACUUGAGUUUCUCCUGUGAGGAGUUAAACCUUUCCUUGGCUCAGCUGGUUCACACCUGGCCUUUAUUCUGUGGGCUUCAAGAAGGACCCUUGUACAUCUGCAAGGAGUUUGGAGCUAGGAAUAACAAAUUUUUCAACCAUUUGCCCUUUCUUAGGUUUCUUGCUCUUGAAGUUGAAUUUUUUUCUCACCUCCCAUCCCAGUGUCAUUUUCACCUGGCGUUGUUAAACAGCACACCUGCAAAUGGUCAUGGAAUUAUGGAGUGGUUUGGGUUGGAAAGGACCUUAAAGUUCUUGUUCCAGCCCCCCUGCCAUGGGCAGGGACAGCUUCCAUUAGGCCAGGUUGCUCCAAGCCCUAUCCUUGGACACUUCUGGGGAUGGGGCAUCAUCACCAAUUAAAAAGUUAACAAAUAACACCCAGAGUUAAGAAUUUAAUAGAGCUGGGAGGUGUUUGUACUCAGGUCAGAGAUUACCUAAAUUGCUUCAGAAACAAGAAAUUAACUGAAUCAUCAGUGCAGGUUAUUUGGAUAACUGCAUUUGUACAUGGCUCACUUGCUGGUAAAUAUGUAAAUACUCCUGUGUUUGUACCCGUGUCCCCUCAGAGGAAGCAUGGGCAGGUUCAGAGCCAGGAGGGAGCUCAGCUCCACUCCCUGCUCUGCCUCUGCCUCCCCCUUGACCUUGGGCAAGUCACUCAGCCUCUCGAAUGCCUCAGUUUCCCCAUCUGUAAAAUAGGGAUAAUAAUACUUACCUACCUCGCAGGGGGGGUUAGUUCAUUGUUGAUAAGCACUUUGCAAUUUAAAGGCGCUAUAUACAGUACGUAGUUAACGUUGGUAGCAGUAGUAUGUACUCUUAUUUUCUUACAACUAAUUCAGGUUAGGAUUUAACUGUUAUGUCUGUUAUGAUAAUUUUCCAUGUAGGAAACUCGCAUGGUUUCCCCAUGAAGGGAAUUUAGGGGACUUCUGCAGCAGACAGAGAGCAGGAGCAGCAUACCCUGGAAGCCUAAAUUCUGACACCUUUGCUUUUGUGAUUUAUGCCUCACCUCAAAUGUCACCUUCCUGUAUUUGUGUUCCACCCCUUUCCCCACAGCCCAUGUAACAUGAUUUUUAGCAGAAACAGCCACUGUAAAUAUUAAGAGUAUUUAAAUAAAUAUAUUAAUGUAUGACUAUAAACCCUUACCUUUGAAAGAGGUUAAAAUUGGUUGGUACAACAGGAUUCUAAGCCCAGGGGGGCUCCACAGGCAGCUCAGCCCUGGAGCACACCAGGGUAGGGCUAUAGGGAAAUUUCACAUCGUCACCUCUGUGAUGACCUCUUCUCACCCCAUCACUGGCAAGGGCAGCUCACCUGGGUGUCACAGGAGGACAAGGGAGGCUGUGACUGGAGCAGGGUGGCCCUGCUGCCUGGUCUGCCCCAGGAGAGGGGACAGCAGCUCUGGGCACCCACCCAGGCAGCAGAGGGUAGCCAACACCGUGGCUGCUGGAGGAGCCUGGACAGCUGGACACUGUCCCCUGCGUCCCUGGGAGGAGCUCCUCACCCAGGUUUCUCUGUACAAUGUGUUUAAUUAGUGUUCACUGUAGAUAAAGGUCUUUGGUUUGAGCAAGAGGAGCUUUAAGAGGGGACUGGCAGGGCAAGGGCACUCUGAGCUCCCUGCCAGGGACAGGAGCACAUGCAGGUCCCUGCACUGGGGACCUGGAUGCUAGUGACAGGGAUAUCUGGACAGUGAGCAGCAGUGUAAGCAAGGAUCUGAAUCACCUCUGGGGUUUCUAGCAGCUGGAAACCACCCAAGCACUCACUGCUCUCAUACCAGGAUGUGUUUGUCCCGUUUCCCUUCCCAGCUUUGCUUUGGUGUUACUCCUUUCCUUUCCAAAGGACCAAAAUCCCAAAGAAAAGCAUGUUUCAGUUAACCAGGAGGAGUUCAGUGAUGGUUCAGCUCUCUUUUAACCAGUCAGCUCCUCCUGCAGUGCCCAACCCUGUCCCACAGGCAGGCAAAGUUCUGUGCAGCCUCCGAGGCUGAUUCCCAAAGGAUCAGGAACCCCCUCCCACCUCUGCUGCGAUUCCACACACAGAAUGGCAAAAAUCCAUCAAAACCAUCCCAGCCACCAGGGCUGCCUCGAGUUUAUGAGAGUUGGGUGUUAACUGAGACCUCCAGGAGGUGUUCUUGGGAUGGGGGCACCUCCAGGCCCCUGGCA